AUGGACUCGCUCGCAGCCUGCGCUAAAUAUGACGUUCCGGAACUUGUGCGAUUGUCUGUGGAAGCCCUGCUCGCCAGGGUGGAGACACCUUAUGAGCGCGCCUGGGGCUUCUGCUUAGAAUAUCCCGUCGUUUUCGCCGCUCUGCAGACAUGCAUCGACCUGGGCCUUUGGAAAUUCUGGACGAGCGCUAAGGGUGGCGAGAAGUCCAUCAACGAGCUGGUCCAGCUUACAAAUGCCACCAUCGAUACAAACCUACUGCGUCGGCUCUCCCGCUUGCUAGCAGCCUUUUACAUUGUCGAGGAGACAGCGGAGGACAAAUUUAAACCGACAGCAUUCUCGUACGCCAUCGGCGACGAGAGCACCAAGGUUCGCGCCUCGCUUCAAGCAGCAACAUAUCAAUACCUUGCAGCAGGCCACAACCUGCCGGCCUAUCUAGCUAAGACCUCCUACAAGGAGCCUACGGACUUCAUCUCGAAUAACUACUCGGACAUAGACCCUGAUGGCCUCAACUUCUUCGGACGACUCCAGCAGAAUCCCACUCACUGUGAAGCUUUCACCGGUCACAUGGAGGCCUGGACAGCAUGGAAGACUCCAUGGACCAAGGUAUACGACACGGCCCGACUGCUUGAUGGCGCCAGGUUGGACGAUGCCUUUCCAUUCGUUGUUGAUGUGGGUGGAAACACUGGGAUCGAUAUUUCUCACGUCCUUGUCAAGCACCCGGACAUCCCCGCUGGAUCGCUCGUCUUGCAAGAUGUUCCGGAAGUCAUCGCCAAGGCUCAGGUGGAUAAGAAGAUCACAGCUAUGUCUCAUGACUUCUUUCUCCCGCAACCGGUCAAACGCAGCCGAGCUUACUUCAUGCACGCCGUGCUUCACGAUUGGCCAGAUGACAAGGCCAAGCAACUGCUAGUCAACACAAAAGAUGCAAUGGUCAAGGGAUACUCCAAACUCUUCAUCUACGACAUUGUUCUUCCUCCCACGGGGGCGAGCAUUAGCCAGGCUACAAUGGACGUGGAGAUGAUGUCGUUACUUUCGGCUUCUGAGCGGACACGGGGUGCAUGGGAGAAGCUGUUGACCGAAGCUGGGCUGAAGAUCGCCAACUUUUGGCCUGACCCUCGGGAGUAUGAGAUGAUAAUUGAAGCCGAAGUUGCGUAGGUUUGAAACUCUCUGCAAAAGGCUUCAACUAUAGACCAGCACAUAUUUGUGUUAUGCACUUUACGUUGCUUUUAUCUUCUUCCAUAACAAUUUUCUUUUGUAACUAGUUGAUGGCUGCCAUAUUGUAUAUAAAUAGGC